AUGGCCUUGAAGAUUCAGUAUUGCCGCACUUUCAUCGAUGCACAGGAAGGUGCAGCGACUGUUCCAAAGCGCUCUUGCAGCACACCUCCCUGCUUCGGUCGUCAGAUUUGGGACACAGAUGCCCAUCGUGAGGAAGAGGGAAUGAAGGCGUAUGUUUCCACCCUUGUCCUCGCGACAAACGUAUCUGACCUCCGCUCCCGGACAGACUCAAGUGCAAGCAACGAGCAUCUUUCGCCCUCUCCCGGACACGAGGCACACGAGGCGCACGAGGCGCACGAGGCGCACGAGGCGCACGAGGCACAACCUACGCCUGGCGAUGUCGAUCUUGUCAGUGAAGGCAGUGUUGGGCACCCGGAGCUUUGCCAUCGCCCCUGCAUCUACUUCGCUACUGGGUACUGUGAGAAUGGAAGGUCCUGUGGCUACUGCCACAUGGAACACCGCGACAGAGCCCCAAAGUUGGAUAAGCAGCAGAGAGCGAUGGUUCAUGGCCUCAGCAGGCCUCAUGUUCUGGCCCUUAUGCUCCGGUACCUCAAGUCAAUAGCAAGAAGCCAGGGAUUUGAGCUCCAAGCCGCCGAAGUAGUGCAGCUUGUUGAGCGCGAAUUCUUCUUGCAUGGGCAACAGGAAGACCAAGCUUUGGGGGACAUACCGGAGAAGGUCAUGAAGAAGCUGACCAAAACGCUUGACAGAAUGCGUUUUUCUGGGAUUUUAGGGCUUGCGUCGCAGGAGCAGAUAGGCCAUCCCCUUCGACAGCAAAUGCUUGACGCACUGGAAAGGCUGCGUGCAGUAGCACCCGCAUAG